GCCCCUCACGAAUAACGAACCAUUUCAACCUCUAAUCCGUCGCUAUGUCUAAGAGAGGUCGCGGUGGUGCCUCUGGCAACAAGCUGAAGAUGACUCUCGGUCUCCCUGUCGGUGCUGUCAUGAACUGCGCCGACAACUCAGGCGCCCGGAAUCUCUACAUCAUCUCCGUCAAGGGAAUCGGUGCUCGUCUCAACCGUCUGCCCGCUGGUGGUGUGGGUGACAUGGUCAUGGCAACAGUCAAGAAGGGAAAGCCGGAAUUGAGGAAGAAGGUCAUGCCCGCGGUCAUUGUCAGGCAGAGCAAGCCAUGGCGGAGGGCUGACGGUGUGUUCCUGUACUUCGAGGACAACGCUGGUGUGAUCGUCAACCCCAAGGGCGAGAUGAAGGGAUCAGCAAUCACUGGACCGGUCGGAAAGGAGGCUGCGGAGCUGUGGCCUCGUAUUGCCAGCAACUCCGGUGUGGUGAUGUGAGCAGGGUUUCUUCUACUGGUACUUUCGGGGUUCUGGGGCUAUGCGGCAUGCAUCAGAGG